AUGUAUCGGCGAACAAUAUUAAUCCUGUUGUGUUUUUCGAUAAUGUUAUCUCACUCACAGUUAUUCAGUAUCGAGAAACUUGGGCUAUACGCGAAAAUGUUGAAAUUUAACACGUUCAAUAUCAACGAAACCGGAAAUGAGCUCUGGCAUGGGCUCUUUAGAGAUUGCAACAAAAAAGUGACGUUUUCUUGCAUACAAAAAAAUGCGUACACAUAUCUCGACAAUGCAUUCAUCGAAAGGGACAAUAUCACAAUCUUCGAUGGUCUUAUACUUACAAAAAAUAAUGUUACUUAUGAUACGUGUUCUAAAACAGAAAAUCGUAACGAUGUUCAUGAGAAUUUCGUGGAUGUCGAUACGGAUGAUUGUGAAAAUAAAGCUGCCGAAGAAGCAAAAACACAAGAUCGAAAUUUUGGCGAUGAAUCGCCACUCGAAGAGAUUACGAACGCUCUACGACGAAAAACGGUGAAGUUUUUGUCAACUCGUAAUUAUGAAAUUCAACUUCCGCAGUUUUUUUUUGAAGGUGCCACGAUGAAAAUAAGCCCGCGCGAAAUAGACGAAAAUGGCGCUCUCCUCAGGCUAGAUUUCGGAACUGCAGGUGUACAAGAACAAGGACGAAUCUUUAAAAAAAUUAAGAAAUUCAUACAGAAUAAAUUGUUAACCAGUUUUCUGGCACUUCUUUUAAUUAUCAAGUUAAUUAAAGUGAAGUUUCUAUUCAUAAUUCCAUUCCUCUUUGGUGUGGGUGCUGCUAAGAAACUUUUCCUAAAACUGCUGCUCUUCUUCAUCCCUGCGUUUGCUCACAUAUUCAAGCUGUGCUCCAGCUAUUAUUCGAACCAAGCCAAGUUCCAUCAUCACCAUCAUCAGGUAGCUCAUCACCAUCAUCACGUACCGGUUCCAGUACCUGUCCCAACUUAUUACGAGCAGCCUCAUAACACUUUAGACAGUUUCGCCGAUUAUCAUCCUCAUAUUCAGUAUCGAAAGGAUUUGGAAGAAUUAAAGGAAUGGGGUAUCGAGCCUAAUAACGAGCCCUAUGAAGAAGCCAGUCAAUCUAUAAAUCGCAUAGUACCAGCUCCGACCUCAGUUUCGGGACUUAUGUAUUCGGGCGCAUACGGAUUGCCUCAAUACGCAGCGGACGUAAAGCCGAUCGCGUCGUCUUAUCUGGACAAUUCAGUAGCGGCUAAUGCUCACAAUUUGGCCUAUUCUGGAUACCGAAGACCCGUAGCGCAACCAACUUCCGCUGUACUUUCGGUAAAUCCAGGCCUCGUGUCUAGUGCAAAGACGCCGAUGAAGAAUCCUUAUGCGGUAUUUGCGCCGAAUAUACGUCCAAUUCACCAUCAGGCCCAGAGGUUCUUGACACCAGUCGCGCAUGCCAAGAGUUCUUCUAUCUCGCGACAGGAUACGGAAGACGAGUAUUAUGGGCCGAUAAUUGCUCGGCUGGAAGAUAUCUUCGGACAGCUGAGAUUUUAUGAGGAGACGUGUAGAGAGAUGCUCGUCUGUAGCAUGUACAAAAAUCCGGCAAGCUAUUCACCACACAGUAACCUUGUGUCGAAUGAACUUUCCAGAGAUCCACAAGAACUCAGGCGAGAUGUAACAGGAAGUACGUCCAGUCAAAAGUUCCACAGAUAUGUGAGCGCAGCUAGACACGGUCAAGAUGGUGGAGAUUGCCUCAAAACGUAUCCCUGUCAUAAUAACAUCGAAUAAAUAUUCCAAUAAUAUGGAAUUUACAUCGACUUGCAUCUGCGAUUAAAAUAUUACGGAUAUUAUCCCGUAUAAAUACUGCUGGAUAAUAUAUAUAUACGUGUGUGUGUAUAUAUAUAUAUAUAUAUAAUAUAUAUAUAUAUAUAUUUGCUCAAUGAGGCCGAAGAAAUUAUAUUAGAAGCUCAGCGUAAUAUAAUAGCACUAUAAGAAGAAAAAACGAUAAUAUAUUGCCAUGCAUUAAUUUAUAAAUACAUGAGACGUACAUAAGCUCGUGAACUCCAAUUUUCCUAUUAGCAAAGAAAUUGAGGUGUUCUACGGACAAAUCUAUUCAUCGUGUUAAUAAUAAUUAUUAAGUAAAUAAGCUAAUCAACAUUGAAUGUAACAUUUUGUUGUAAUUUAUGUCAAUUUUUCAAAUUUUAUGACCGAAUUUAGUAAAGAGUAAAGUCAGUAAAUUUUGUGAUGGCGCGUCAAAGCUUUUAGUCUGUUGACACGUUGUCAGCAAGAUCGCUGUCUCCAAAAACAAUAUUAUUAUUAGGUAUAAUUAGAUAAUAAGAUUCAUAUGAUGUUGGAUUAUGUGGCAUUUUAUGAAUUAAGUGAGCUUUAUAAUUUUUUAGGUAAUUUUUAUGUAAUUUAGAAAUUUGUGAUUAUUUCUAAAAAAUAACAAAUGAAAUUGUACUAAUUUAAUUAAUUUA